CAACAUCAUUGGUCGGGUGUUCUCUCUUCGGCUCUCGAUGCGGUGGGACAUACCCCUCUCAUCCACUUGAAGCGUAUACAAGAGGCUCAAGGUCUACAAUGUAGACUAUUGGGCAAAGUUGAAUUCUUCUCUGCAGGCGGAUCGGUCAAAGAUCGUAUUGCCAAGCGAAUGGUUGAGGAAGCGGAGAAAGAUGGAAGAUUGAUACCCGGCAAAAGCGUCAUCAUAGAGCCUACCAGCGGUAACACAGGGAUGGGACUCGCUUUGGCCUCCGCGCUAAAAGGAUAUCAAUGCAUCAUAACCCUUCCGGCAAAAAUGAGUUUAGAAAAGGAAGUUAUGCUCCGUGCUCUGGGAGCUGAGAUUGUUCGGACCCCCAGUUGGGAUAGUCCCGAGAGUCAUAUAGGUGUGGCCCACAAACUAAGAGACUCCAUGCCUAAUGCUGUGAUUUUGGACCAAUAUAGUAACCCCAACAAUCCUCUUGCACACUACCACACCACCUUCCCGGAAAUCAUGGCAAGUCCCUCGUUCUGUUCUGACUUUGAAAACAAAGAAAUCGAUCUGAUCGUUGCGGGUGCUGGAACAGGAGGGACGAUAACAGGUUUAUCGGAUGCUAUACGAGAUAGGGAGAAAGCUUUUCCAGAGAAGAACAAGACGACGGUGGUAGCUGUUGAUCCUGUGGGUUCGAUCUUGGGUGGUGGUGAACCUGGAAAUUAUGCAGUGGAGGGUAUUGGUUAUGACUUCUUCCCAGAGGUGCUGAAACCCGACGCUCCGUCUAUCGAUGAUUGGGUCAAAGUGAAUGAUGAUGAGGCGUUCGCCAUGACCAAACUCAUGAUACGAAAAGAAGCUCUUUUCGUAGGAGGUUCAUCCGGUUCCGCUCUUGCCGGUGCUCUAAAAUAUCUUCAUUCCCCUAAAGGUCAAUCUAUAGCUUCCAAUCCCAACGCAAACGUCAUCAUCAUCCUUCCUGACGGCGUACGGAACUACCUCUCGAAAGAUUGGUUCUUAGAAGGAGCGCAAGGUCCCUCUAAUCCUUUACGAGAGAAAAUGAGGGAGAUUAUCGGUCGAGAAUUGGGUGAUGCGUAUGGUACACGAUCC